CCGCGUGCGAGUUAGUGUUGAAACGGAGUCAUAUGGUCUUCAGGUACGUCGAAAAAUACCGAGGACUCAAUUCUUCCUUCGCGCAGGAAGUCGGCCGAAAGUUGCUGAAGUUCCGCCCGCGAGGAUCCUUCGAAAGAGUCGCUUUUGCCUGAAUAAUUUCUUAUCCCAGUGAAAUCGAAGGAUUAAAGGAUCUUGUGUCCUAAUUUUUAAUCCUGAAGAAACCGAAAACCUGGAAAUUUCGUAUAUUUGAAUUAAAUUCAAAUAUUGUAGUGAAAGACUAAUUAAUAUUAAAAUCCAGUGUCCAAUAUAAAAAAGGAUAACAGGUGAAGCUUACAAAAUGUCCUCGUAGCGAUCAGGAAGGAUCGAAGAAGAGCUAUAAAAAAAUUACUGCAAGGAUCGAAAUCUGAUUUCGACGAGAAAAGAAAGAAGAAAUAAUUUCUCGCGAAGAUAGUGAAGAAUCAUGAGGCCACCGUACAAUGAAGAAGCAAUGCAGCAGAUCUCGCAGGAGCAGGGCGAGAGAAACGUCGCGAUGGCGGUUUGCGUGCAACUUGCUGGUCGGGCGAUCAUCAGGGUGGUUUCGCGAUGCGAGGAAGCCCAGGAUAAUUGUAACCUAGACUUGUCAGAGUGCCAGCUGAUGCAAAUUCCGGACGCUGUCUAUCAUUUAAUGCGACACACGGAGCUGAAGAGGUGCGAUCUUUCCGGAAACGUGAUCACGAAGAUCCCAGCAAAGUUCGCCGUCAAGUUCUCACUAAUUACUGAACUAAAUCUGAGUCACAACCAAAUGAGCAAGUUGCCGGAAGAGCUGGCCGAGCUUCAGGCACUGGAGAGACUCGAUAUUUCGCACAACACCUUCAUUGCUCUGCCACCUGUCGCUUGGCGGAUACCGCAACUCAAACGGCUCCUAGCCAACAACAAUUUUAUUAUAGACGUCGACGUCGAAAGGCUCAGGCACGCUCCUGUUCUGGAGUUUGUCGACCUGCAGGCGAAUCCUUUACCUCCUAGAUUGCACGAUCUCCUGGGCACUCUGACUGGGAUCAGAAUCGAACUUAGUCCUCGGCAGAUCGAGGAUUGGGAAGACCUGAACGUCUAAUUAAAUCGCGUCUCCCGACCCUCGACGAAGAUUGCUCAAGACUUCGCCAGAAGUAGAAGUAGAAUCGAUAUAUAUUUUGUACAGAUGAGUUUUGUCUCUAUAUUGAGAGUGACAACAGAAUACAGACACGUCGUGGAUCCUAAAUCGAA